CAUGCGAAAUUUACCGCUAAAGACACAAAACAGUUUAAGCAAUGGAGCUGAUUGGAAACCGAUACAAAGGAAGAAUAAAAAAUGGAAGGAUGGAAGGUGAUGGAGAAUAUAUCUUUCCCACGGAUACUAAGUAUGUGGGAGAGAUAAGAGACGGGAAGUUUCAUGGUAAAGGCGUGCUGUACUUUACAAAUGGAAGUAAAUAUGAUGCCACCUGGGAGGAAGGCAUAGCUAUAGACGGGUCAUUUUUCUUCCCUGAUGGUCUGGAGUACCGGGACAAGAACUGGGACUACUGUGAUGGUUAUGACAGGCGUUUCUACACUGAAAGAUGCUUUGGAUUUAUACCACCAGGAGAAACUCAGCUGACUAAACAUGUGGAUGAGGACUGCAAAGAUGAUGGGACAUGGGGAAGACCCGCCCUCCCAGUGGGGGCGCUUACUGUGGCAAGAAAGAGGAAGGAGAUCCCCAUGCAGCUGUGGAUGUGA